GCCAUUUAAUCUCUGUCAAUUGUUUUCUCCGGUGCGGUGACGGUACGUCGCGAAGAUAUCAAACUCGGCGACAAUGUGGAUUCGAGUCACGUUACUCGCACUGGUUGUGAUUUUCCAUAGAGUUAAUCCACAAGUAAUGUGCUACGAGUGUAUGGAUUGUGACAUUAAUCCUGCAAUUUUGGUGGAAUGCGGAGAGGUGAUCCUAACGUCAGUGCAGCCUACGUUACCUGAUACUUCUGAGCUCACUUCUCCGGAUCCUACUUUUAUUCCUACUAUACCGUCAAAAACGAAUACUACUCCGGUAUUCACUCCUACAUUACCAACAAGUCCACCACCAACGCCACCACAAACGCCUACCCCAAGUUUCCCAGAUCCAACAUGCCCUACAUGUGGUCCUGAGACGGACACAACGCCAAUCUUCACUCCAACCUUACCAACAAGUCCAGAUCCAACAUGCGCUACAUGCGGUCCAGAAACGGAUACUACGCCAAUCUUCACACCAACUUUACCAACAAGUCCACCGCCGACGCCACCACAAACGCCUACCCCAAGUUUUCCAGAUCCAACAUGCCCUACAUGUGGUCCUGAGACGGACACAACACCAAUCUUCACUCCAACCUUACCAACAAGUCCAGAUCCAACAUGCGCUACAUGCGGUCCAGAAACGGAUACAACGCCAAUCUUCACACCAACUUUACCAACAAGUCCACCGCCGACGCCACCACAAACGCCUACCCCAAGUUUUCCAGAUCCAACAUGCCCUACAUGUGGUCCUGAGACGGACACAACACCAAUCUUCACUCCAACCUUACCAACAAGUCCAGAUCCAACAUGCGCUACUUGUGGACCAGAAACGGAUACAACUCCAAUCUUCACACCAACUUUACCAACAAGUCCACCGCCGACGCCACCACAAACGCCUACUCCAAGUUUCCCAGAUCCCACAUGUCCUACCUGUGGUCCAGAGACGGACACGACUCCAAUAUUUACUCCAACCUUACCAACUAGCCCAGAUCCAACCUGCGCUACGUGUGGACCAGAAACGGAUACAACUCCAAUAUUUACGCCAACUUUACCAACAAGUCCACCACCAACACCGUCACAAACGCCUACGCCAAGUUUUCCAGAUCCCACAUGUCCUACCUGUGGUCCAGAAACGGACACGACUCCAAUAUUUACUCCAACCUUACCAACUAGCCCAGAUCCAACCUGCGCUACUUGUGGACCAGAAACGGAUACAACUCCAAUAUUUACGCCAACUUUACCAACAAGUCCACCAAUAACUGAUACAACGCCACCACAAACUCCUACUCUUCCGACUAGCCCGGAUCCAACAUGCGCUACGUGUGGACCAGAGACGGAUACAACUCCAAUUUUCACACCUACUUUACCGACCAGCCCGGAUCCAACAUGCGCUACAUGUGGACCAGAGACAGAUACAACUCCAAUUUUCACACCUACUUUACCAACAGGACCGGACCUUACCACCAUGUCAACACUGCCAACCGCUCCUGAACCUACAUGUCCUACUUGUGGACCAGAAUUGGACACAACCCCAGUAUUCACGCCAACUCUGCCGACAAGCGCUGCGCCAACUUGUGCCACAUGUGGCCCAGAAACAGGUGCGCCGAUCACACCUCCUCUAACAAUGUGGCCAACGGUUCCUCCGACCAUCCUAACACCUCCUGUAACUACACCUCAAUUUACAACAAUCUGGCCAUCGACUUCGUUUCCAAUUCUGACGCCGCCCGUUACGGGGCCACCCGGUGGUGUAACGACUCCUCCAUUCACAACAAUCUGGCCGUCAGCUUCAACACCCGGCAUCGGGGGACCAACAACUCCUUCUUUAACGACUAUAUGGCCUACUUGGCCGGAGCUAACACCUCCCACCCUUACGCCACCGUUUACUACGAUUUGGCCGUCAUCGACGUCAUGGCCAUUGCCACCCAUAACUUCGCCACAGCCUACUUUUCCAACGAUGUUCCCGCCGAUAUUAACGACGCCUUCGCUAACCGGGCCACCAGGAGUUCUGACGACGCCAUCGCUCACAAUGGCUCCAGAGUGGGGCCAACCUUCGCUUACUCCUCCGACACAAUGGGCACCAAUAUUGACACCACCAUCGUAUCCGGUUAAAAGGCAUCUGCCACUGCCGGUGAGCAUAUGCUACUCCACCGAACAGAUUGUAAAUAAUCGACGGGUGAUCAAUCGAGGCUGUACGAAACGUGACCACUCGGUGCAGACGACAUGUGCCACUUUGAACAACAACCAAGCAUACACAAGGUGUUCCCUGUGCGCUUGGAGUCUCUGCAACCGAUAGAGUCUGUAUUGACAAGUAGGAUUUAAGAUUAACUGAUAUUAGAUAUUUAAGUUUAGUGUUAUGAAUAAAAAAUGUUCUAUAUUUUAAUGUUA